UGCUGGGCACGGGGCGCGGCGCGGGGCACGCCGGGAAAUGCAGUCCCGGGGAUGCCGGCGGAGCCCUGAGCGGAGGCCGGGACGGCGAUGAGCGCUGCCGCCGCCAAGCCAAUACUUUACAGCUAUUUCCGAAGUUCCUGUUCUUGGAGAGUGCGAAUCGCACUGGCUUUGAAAGGAAUUUCCUAUGACCUGGUCCCAGUGAACCUCAUUAAGGAUGGAGGACAGCAGUUUUCUGCUGAAUUCAAGGCACUGAAUCCAAUGCAGCAAGUCCCAGCCUUGAAAAUUGAUGGCAUCACCCUUUCUCAGUCACUAGCUAUAAUUAAUUACCUAGAAGAGACACAUCCUAACCCCAGGCUUCUGCCCCAAGAUCCAAAGAAGAGAGCCCAAGUCAGAAUGAUUGCUGAUCACAUUGCCUCUGGCAUUCAACCACUCCAGAACCUGAGUGUCCUGAACCAAAUGGGGGAGAAAAAAAUGGAAUGGGCUCAGAAAUGUAUCACAUCUGGCUUUCAAGCACUGGAGCAGAUUCUGCAGCACACUGCUGGAUGCUACUGUGUGGGGGAUGAAGUUUCCAUGGCUGAUCUGUGUUUAGUGCCUCAAGUUGCCAAUGCUGAAAGAUUCAAAGUGGACAUGAGUCCAUAUCCCACAAUAGCCAGAAUAAAUAAAGCUCUCUUGGCGCUAGAGGCCUUCAAAACAAGCCACCCUUCCCGGCAGCCAGAUACUCCUGCAGAGCUGCGAGCUUGAAGCCUUUCUACUCAUUAAAUCUAGAAAGCUGGUGUGAUGAAGAAGACAACACCUACAGUUUGAGUAAGACUUCAGUGCCAGUAGGAGUCCCUAAUACUAUUGUUUCCCUUUCGUCUGGGUGGACAGGACAGAGGACCUGCAAAUACUGUGGAGGAGUUACAGGAGCUAUGCCUGUGCUGGAGCACCUGCAGCUACUAGGUUUUUCUAUGCAGUCUAUCCCCAUGAAGCAGAUUAAAGCAGAAGUAUCCAUAAUGAUCAGAA